AUGUUGUCCAACUUGGUUAAUAAGGAUGGUACUGUGUCAUGUAAGAUAUCAACAUUCAACACUGACACUGGUACAGUAUACUUCAAGACCUACAACAAGAACAAGAAGUGUACAACCAUCUCCAUCGAUGACAAGUACAUCUGGUACACCUAUGACAAUGUCCUCGACGUCCUCACGCACGAUCCAGACUGUGGUAACUUCGCCACAACUGGAAAGGCCAAGACAUUUGUGAGUGAUGUGUCACAGGUUAUUUCUGAUCCACUGGCUAAGCAAGGACGUUCACUGUAUGUUUAUCAAAAGACAUCACAGGUGUUGACACAGUAUGUCUAUCCAGAUAACUUGAGCGUGCUCAAGAAUGUCAGUUGGGUCAACAUUGGAAGUGCCUGUUACAUAUCACAAUUUGGUGUUCCAGAUAAAGUGUCCGUAAGCUACCCCGACGGCUUCCGUAUCUUCAAGGUGCCCACCUCUCAAGCCCGUGACUACCUUGUCAAGAACGACGGUGACUCCUUCUGUGGACCAUUCGUUCAAAAUGGUUUGGAUGUUUACUCAUUGCCAAAGGUUGGUGGAAAUAGUUUCUUGAAGAUUGUGCCUGGAUUGGAGUUCCAAGUUAGUAGACCAUGUAUAAACUCUACAAAUGGACAGAUUGUGAUCAAGGGAAGUGUUGACCGUUAUAACUUCUCAUGGGCCGAUACCAACAACACCAACUCAUCAAGAUUCAAUCUUACCAGUGGUCACUACACCGUCCAGAUCACCGCCAAAGAGAUUGAUAUCUCUGACUUCAAGACCUUGGACGUUGUUCCACCAAAUGAUCCAACAUUUGUGAACAUUCAAAACACAUGCCAGGGUAACUCAAUGGGUGCACUCAACUUCUCAUUGCCAAAGGAUCCAUCGAUCAACUAUACUUAUGUGAUAGCAGAUGGGAACUUCACGAGGAACUCAACUAUUGGGUACUUUGAUUUCCUCAAGUCCAAGAACUACACAGUCAAGAUCAACACGACCGACGAGUAUGGCUUCAAGUGUACCUACACCAAGUUUGAGAAUGUAGUUGAAGGAUUGCCACAUAAACCACUUUAUGAAGCUGAUGGUGGAAGCUGUUUCAACAAGUCAGAUGGUAGUAUCACUAUUACCAAUUAUAAUCCGGCAGAGUAUACAUAUCAGUUGUUACCGCCAUCACCCAAAGCAAUUGUGAAUGGAACAUUCAUAGACCUUGUUGGAUCAAACACUCAGUUCUACACACUGAUAGUAUCACAGAGUAACCUCACUCUCAAAUGUCCAUCCUACACCAACAUCAUUGUGCCACAGCCACCCAAGUUUAGAUUCCCCAACUAUAAUAUUACCGCACCACCUUUAUGUUAUGGAUAUAACUCAUCGAUGGAGAUUGAGUAUAUAAAGGGAUUGGAUUAUAGGUUGACACAUCAGACUGGUAUUGUGUACCAUGCCUAUCUAUUGGCAAAUGGAUACAACCGUUACCGCAAUCUACCACCUGGAAACUACUCCUUGGAGUGUGUAGUGAGCAGCCGUGAUGGGGGCGUCUGCAAGAAGGCCACCAAGUACAUCUUUAUCGACCAGCCAUCAAUGAUCCAGCUCAACACAACAUUGGUGACACCAGAGUGCACAGAGGAUGGCAAGGAGGACCAGCUGGUCUACGCACAUGGCGGCUCGCCAAUCAACGGCACAUCGUACCUGUUUGUCGGACAAUACGCCAAUGCCACUGGACCCGCACUCAAUGUAUCGUACUGGAUUGAUGGCGUCUACUUGAUCAACAUCACAGAUCAAUAUGGCUGCGUGUCCCAAUACAAGAACUUCACAGUGCAGCGUCCUCCUGGAUGUGCGAUAGCCACAUCGCACCCGACUGGAACUGGCAAGACAGUCAACCCAGACAGCACCAACGAGGGCCAGUUCGGAUUUGUCACGCCAGCUGAUGAUGCUGCCAUUGGCAUCGGUGUGGGACUUGGUAUUGGUGUGCCAAUGUUUGCCGCGGCCGUUGCCAUGGGUGUACUCUGGUGGCGUGGACGAUGGUUGGGCGUCAAGGUACCUGCCACUCCAGCCAACACCAUACCGAUAUACAUGGGUGGCAAGAUACAUAACAUAGAUAACUUCUAA